GUAUCUGGGUAGAUGGGAUUGAAGAUGAAGGGGAGGAAGAGGAGAUAGACAGCUAGAGAGAGAGAGAGAGAGAGAGAGAGAGAGAGGUGUUUGUUGUUUUGUAUGUGGAAGGGAUGUUCAUCAUUACUUCUGAAGUAGAUUUUGAUAGGAUGGAUAGAGUAACCAAGUCGAUGGAGAACUGAAUUCAUUACUUGAGUCACUUCUAUACAUUCUUCUCUCUCUCUCUCUCUCUCUCUCUCUCUUUCUAUUCUCUAUUUUAUUUUGAUUAAAUCUGAAUCCAGACAGUGGUAUGUUGCUCUGGAUGGGAAGUGAGACAGUGGGGCAAAAGUAAGAGGAGGAUGGCGUACACACAGUUGGAACCCAUCAAUAAGGGUCUCCUGUCCAGACUGUCUGACUUCCUGUUGUGUCACUGGUCAUGCCGCUCCUGUUGGCAGUGGUGCUGGGAGUGUUGCUGCUGUCAACCCACUGAUGAGGAGUUGGAAAUUCUGGGGCCUUUCCCAGCUCAGACUCCAUCAUGGCUUGUCAAUGAAUGUAAUGAUGAGAAAGGCUCAAAUUCUCACAUCAUGGCCUAUGACCCUGCUUUACCUGCUCCAUCUGACACUGCCACAAACUGCAGGCCAUCCACUUCAGAGACCUCACGCUCCACCUUCAGCCUGGUUGGCCAGCUAGCCAGUCUGAAUGCCCGACGACUCAGCUCCCCUAUGGUAGAUGAAAAGCCUAUAGAAUUUUGGGCCAUGGGACCCAGGAAAGAAGUGGUGCAGCCCUUGCGUAAACCUCCGACACCACCAGAUGACUACUUUCACAAACUGGAGCCUCGUCUGUACUCCUUAGACUCAUGUAGUGAUGAUGUUGACUCUCUGACAGAUGAGGAGAUUCUGGUACGAUACCAACUAGGCAUGCUGCACUUCAGCACACAGUAUGAUCUCAUCAACGGCCACCUCAGUGUGCGAGUCAUCGAGGCCCGGGACCUGCCUCCACCCAUAACGUGUGACGGUGCUCGCCAGGACAUGGCCCACUCAAACCCUUAUGUGAAGAUGAGCCUACUGCCUGACCACAAGAACUCCAGACAGACUGGGGUCAAACGCAAGACCCAAAACCCAGUUUUUGAGGAACGAUUCACUUUUGAGGUCCCGUUUCUAGAGGCCCAAAGACGUACUCUGCUGCUCUCUGUGGUUGACUUUGACAAGUUUUCACGGCACUGUGUCAUUGGAAAAGUGUCUCUCUCUCUUAGUGAGGUUGAUUUAGUAAAAGGAGGACAUUGGUGGAAGGCCCUGGUGCCCAGCUCUCAGAAUGAGGUUGAGCUUGGUGAGCUUCUGCUAUCUUUAAACUACCUGCCCAGUGCUGGCAGGCUGAAUGUGGAUAUUAUUCGUGCAAAGCAGCUGCUUCAGACAGACAUGUGCCAAGGUUCAGAUCCUUUUGUGAAGGUGCAGUUAGUGACAGGUCUAAAGCUGGUGAAGACCAAGAAAACAUCCUGUAUGAGGGGCACCAUCGACCCCAGCUACAAUGAGUCCUUCAGUUUUCGUGUACCUCAAGAGGACCUGAGUGAAGUCAGCCUUGUAUUCACAGUUUAUGGGCACAACGUGAAGAGUAGCAACGAUUUUGUCGGUCGCAUUGUGAUCGGCCAGUUCUCCACCGGCACGCAGGAAACCACACACUGGCGCCGGCUGCUGAGCUCCCAGCGCACCCCGGUGGAACAGUGGCACAGCCUGCACUCCCGUGCCGAAUGUGACCGCGUCUCCCCGGCUUCUCUUGAGGUCACAUAGUACUAACACAGAACUGUCAGCAGAGGAGGUGGGAUACAGAGAUGCAGGAAUUAACUUUGUGGAUUUACUGAGUAACUAACAUUCUUCUGAACGUCUCUGUUUGUGUUCCACUGAAGAAAGAAAGUCAUAUGGGAUUUAACAACAUGAAGGUGAAUAAAUGAUGACAUUUUUGGGUGAAUUAUCCCUUUAAUGUUUAAAAGACAAACAAAUAUCCCACACCACAGAUUCCUUUGGGUUUGUCUCGAAAUUACAGUAUUUGCUUAUGUAGACCUCACCCUCCCUUACAGUUAUUACAAUGGGGAGAUAUUGAUUAUAUCCUGCUGAAAAGACCAGCUUCUACUAGUAUGAAUUCCUGUGGUGAUCCUGGUUGAUUUAUGCUGGAUAGCACUAGUUUAAAGGGAUAGUUCACCAAAAAAUGAAAAUUCUCUCAACAUUUAAACACCCUUAGGCCAUCCCAGAUGUGUAUGACUUUUAUUUCUUCUACUGAACACAAACUUAAAGAUUUUUAGAAGUAAAUCUCAUCUCUGUAGGUCCUUUCAUUGCAAGUGAAUGGUGAUCAGACCAUUCAAGCUCCAAAAAGGAAGCAUAAAGGUAAUACAUAAGACUUUAGUGAUUUAAUGGAUUAAUAUAUAUCUUCUGAAGCAAUGCAAUCACUUUGGGUGAUCAAUAUUCCAAUUCUUUUUUACUAUAAAUCUCCACUUUCAGAAUGAGAAAGAUUGUGAAAGUGGAGAUUUAUAGUAAAAAAAAAAAAAGGACUUUCAUUUUUAUAUUUUUCUCACCCACACCUAUAUUUGUUUCAGAAAACAUAAUUUAACAACUGGAGCCUUAUGGAUUACUUUUAUGCUGCCUUCAUGCUAUUUUACGAGCUUGAAAGUUCUGGUCACCAUUCACUUGUAUUGUAUCCUACAGAGAUUAGAUAUUUUCCUAAAAAUCUUCAUUUGCACCCUGCAGAAUAAAGAAUUCAUUUUUGGGUGAACUAACCCUUUAAGGUGGUGGAGCGAAACCUAAGUGCUGAAGCUGGUUGACAAAAGGACAUCUUGCCAAUUAAGCGAGAUAAGAAGCCUGAUGGCACCAGCACCCAAGGUGGUCUUCUCAGCAGGGUAGAAAAGACCGCAAAGUGUUUUUCCAUUCAUAACUAUGAGCAGAAGCCUGCUGUCCAUGUUUUCUUUUUAUCACAUUGAUACCACCUUACAAGAACUCAAUUUAAUCAUCUGACCCUCAGCUACAUUCAGGCUGCUCAGGAAGCUAUAGGCGGCCGAGACCACACCUAACCACUUGGCUGGGAUGCAAUGUUUUAAUCAUUUCAUAUGAUUACUGAUAAUCAGUUAUUGAAGAAGUUGGAAAUCAGUCCAAAUCCUGUGGUGGCACAAUAUUUUUUUUUUAUUUCCUGCAGGUAUGAUUAUUUAAAGUUAACAUUUUACACCAAAGUUUGUGUUUAGUGAUCUGUAUCACUUUUUUCCAUGCACAUUUUCACCUUCAGUUGUGUUUAUAAGAACAGUUCAUCCCAAAAUUUGCAUCCUUUAUUCACCCUCAUGUGUAAUGAACUGGCCAUGGAGAUGGUGUUAGGAUCCAUGUGCUGGAAGUUUAUUACGAACACAAGCAAACAAUCCAAAUCGGCAGGCAAACAGAGGUAGUCGUAAAGCAAGCGGUAUAAUCCAAUAAACCAAAAAGACAGUCCAACAAGGCAAACAAAACAAAGGGGUAUCUAAAAGGCAGUAAACCCAGGAAAACAGGCAAUGGUCAUAACACGAAAACAAUCAGCAAAGGCAAUGGAAAAACGCUUGGUAAGGCAGGGUAAACUGGCAAUACUUCGCAAAGUCAAAAUGGAACAGCAUGGUAUUUAUAUAGUUUAAACAGGAAGUCACCAAAGAAGAAACAGAACAGAGUUAAUAUUCGGGAGAGGGCUCCCUCUGGUGGUUGGUAGGAGGGGUAAAAACCUCAGAUGUUACAUCAUGUUGUUCCAAACCUGUAUGAGGCUAACAUUCAUAUGGUUUGGAAUAACAUGAGGGUGAGGAAAUGAUGAAUGAAUUUUCAUUUUGGGGUUAACUAUCCCUUUAAGUGUUUGUGAGUGUGUGUACAUUUGGUAAAUGUUGGCACUUAUGGCAGCUGAGGUCUGUAUACCCAUGUAAAAAUGCAUUAGUGUUAAUGUCCAUAGCAGAAAAUAUAUUUUGGGCAAUAUAGUGCCAUGCCAACAAGGUGCAGAUACAUGUAUUUCUCUACAAACUGUUACAGUCACUCCUAGUCAAAUGCUUUUGCCAAAUUCAGUCCAUAUGUUGUAUAAGCGACAUGUUGGAGAUGUAUUUUGUCUUUACUUCUCAAUUGUCAAUUGUCUAUACAUUAUAUAGGCAUAAAUAGGAUGAUAUGACUGGGGAAAAUAUACAUAUUUAGCAUAGAAUCUAAGUGCAAUCAGAAACAUUUCUGUAUCUGUCUUCUUUCUUGUGUGACCUGUGUGACCUGUGUGUGCUAAGUGGUUGUUUCAGGUCAAGAGUCAAUUUUAUGAUUCCACCAGUGUUAAUAUUAAUGUAGAUGACAGUCAAAAUGAUUGGAGUGGUAAUAAUACAUAAUAAUAAUGAUGCUGUUCCAGUGAAGAUAUUUAUUUAUUUAGAUUAUAAAUGCAUAUAAUAAUAUAUAUAUGUUUAUCUCUGCAAGCAUAUCUGCAUAUAUUUAAUAACUUAAAUUGCAAUUCAUGUUGCAAUAUAGAAGAAAAACAUGGAAAGAAAAUGAAAAUGAUUAAAAAUGAAAAGCUGUUGAAAUGACUUCACUGACUCAACAUUUCUGUUUCAAAGGUGGCUGUUUUUAACUAUGUCUUUAUUUUAAUCCACAAACAUUUAAUCCACUCUCCUUGUCUGCUCUGAAACCUCUGAGAGUGUGUUAUGAUGCUGCUCUUUGUGUGAUGGUUUAUUGAGAUAUGAGUCUUAUGUGUACAGUUUGGUAGAGUGUGAGAAGAAACAAAGCAGACCUGUGUAACUGAUCAGCAGAAUCCCUUUGAAGGUCUAUUAAACAGAGAUUGAAAUGUGUGAUUCAUUCAGAGUGAUGAAACAUUUUUUUGGAAAGAUGUUUCACAUUGCAUUAAAGUUAUGUUUGUUAC